AUGUCCAUCAAGCAAGGUGAGACAGAAAGUUUGAGGGACUAUGUGGGGUGUUUCAACGCUGAAGCCGUCACCAUCCCUACACUGCAGCAAGAAGUAGCGGUCCUAGCCCUCAUGACGGGGCUGAGAGAAGGGACCCCUUUUCGCAGUUAUCUCGGCAGAAAGAAGAUGACAUGCCUAACAGAGGUCUUGGGAAAGGCAAAUGACUUUAUAAGAGGAGAAGAGUUCGACAAAGCAGCUAAUGCUAAAAGGCCGGCAGCCAUAGAAAAAAACAAGGACAAAGAUAAGGAUAAGGAUCGUCGGGACGAUAAGUACCGGAAGGAUAAAAAGUCCGAUACCACUGGCAGGAGAGAGGAGAACAACUCGGUGAAAAAAGGAUUUGAAGGAAGACCGGACAAAUAUCAUAAUUAUACACCAUUGAUGAUAUCCCGGGGCCGAAUUUUCGAACUGCACUAUAAAGACGAGAAAUGGCAAAGGCCAAGAAAGAUGUACUACAAGGGCAGAGAUAAGUCCAAGUGGUGUGAAUUUCACGAUGAUUAUGGCCAUAAGACGGACGACUGCAAAGACCUUAAAGACGAGAUUGAAGACCUCAUCAGGCGAGGUUAUUUCACCCAGUACCAAACAAGGACUGAUCGCAAAACUCUCCCCAGGGAGGAUGAAAAUAGUAACAGAAGGCCGGUAAAGGACAGGAUCACUGAGAUCCAUGUCAUAAGCGGAGGGCCGACAAGAGGCGGCAGCAUUCACGGGGGGAAGGCUAGUCUAAAAACAAGUCCGCCACCAAGUGAACUAUAA